CUAGAUUUUUUGGUUCACGCACGCGUGACCUUCCUUUCCCUUCCGUUUAGUCCUCACUCUAAACACCUAACAGCUUCUCCCCAAAUCAAAAAAGGAAGUUGAAACAUGAAGCCCUAGCUUCUCCACCACCUCAGCGACUGCCGCCGUCCGUCGCGCUCAGGCACUACCAUCGUCGUAUGGUCGUUCGUGUUUCUUCCUCCUUCAAGAAUCGCAGCUUCUUCCUCGAGCUCGGCGCAUCAGUCCCUGGUCUUCAUCUUCUCCGUUGCGCUCCUGCCGCCGUCCGUUGUGCUCCUGCCGCCGUCCGUCGCGCGCUCAGGCAUCACCGUCUUUGUCUGGUCGUGGUGCUCGAAGUCCACAACCCACCGAUUGCAGCUUCUUCCUCGAGCUCGGCGUCUUUGAGUCUGCUCUUCGUUUGCUCAGCCGCAGCAGCAUACAAGAAAUAAGCAUCACCAAACGCAUCGAUAGGUGACAUGGAUCUGAGUGAUAUUACCACUGUCCGAAUGGUUAUGUUUGGUGGCUGGAAAGUUUGCCUCUGCUUUGUAUGUUGCAUGCUUUGUAUGUUGCAGUAGUGAAAGCUAAGUCGCUGCUCUUCUCUUCUGCCGCCGGUCUGCUCCGCCUCCUUGUCGCCAGUUUGCUACCUUAUGCUUCUGGUUCUUCUGCAGGUAUAUCCGAACAAGUAAAGAGAUUUCUUGAAUUCCAAUGGAAGCUUCGGCAAAACCUCCAGCAAUUCACAAUUGUACUUCUGAUGGAGGAUGGACAGUUGUUUUACCCCGUCGUGGCAGACAAAGAAGUAAAGCUACCAAAGUUGGAGUUUCAGAAGAAAAACAAGAACCAUGGGCUCCAACGGAUUCUCAGACUGAUCCAAGCCGAGAAACAUCAAUGAUGCAGAAGAUGGAAAGAUGUAUAAAUAGGGUUGGGAGCUCCGAGUUCUAUAGUACUAUGAGAUGUCAAAUCCAAACAUCACUUUCUGAUUAUGUCCAUAGGGUGUUAGGCUCAGAGACAAAGAUGGAAAUGGUCGUUUAUGGUAUUGGCAGCAUCGAAUCGUACGAGCCCCCUCGAUUGCAACUUAGCCUUGCAAUAUUGAUGAGAAGAGAUUUCAGUUGGAUCGGAAACAUAGAGGUGUAUGAUCCUGUUCUAUCUCUAUCUGAGUCUCGGGUUAUAGAAUCCCUCGGUUGUUCUGUCAUGUCAGUAAAUGAGCAUGGGAGGCGAGAGGCACAAAAACCGACUAUGUUCUUCAUGCCUCAUUGCGAGGCAGAGUUAUAUAAUAACCUGUUGCAGGCAAAUUGGAAACUGAAUCUAUUAAGAAACAUGGUAUUGUUUGGUAACAGCUUUGAAACAUACAAGGAGCAUGCUUCAUUGUGUAAGAAUUCACGUGUUAACUCAAUGGAGCAUAUUUUGUCUGUUCGUAGGUUCACAACAGAGUUUAGAAUCAAAACAGUUUCAGAUGAUUAUUAUAAUGCAUUUCAUGAUUCUAGUUGGCAUUUUUUUAGCCCUGUCCUGGAGACUGAGCUGCAACUUUCAGAUUCUUGAUCGUGUAUUUGAUUGAGGUCAGCCUUGUCCCUUUUUUUAAAAUUAUUAUCAUCAUCAUUAUUAUUAUUA